UUGGUAAAAUCGCCCUACAGUAGCAGUUAAUAGAUAAACAGCACAGCAUCCAGCGAGGGGCUUCCAGAAGGGCAGCGCUGAGGGAAAGAAGAACACGUAAAGCACUAAAGAAGGAGGAGUUUCUCUUCAAACACUGCAUUCAGACAAAAUGAAAAUCACUUUCACAGGUUUGGCCAGUUUUGUGGCCACCUUUGGUGUCCUCAGCUUUGUUGGUCUCGUUCUGGCAAUUGGAACCGACUUUUGGUACAUCAUUGACACUUCUAAGAGAGAAAACAGCUCAUCUGUGUCUCUGAGCUCACAUUCUGGACUGUGGAGGACUUGUAACUUUCAUAACCAAUGCUGGCCAUUUAUGAAUCCUUUGGCAGGAAGAACCUUAUCAGAAUCGCAAAGGCAGAUACUAAACAUGCAAGGAACGUUCAUCGUCCUGCUGCCUCUCAGUGUGAUCGUGCUGUUUAUCGGAGGAAUGCUGGGCUUCAUCAGUAUGUUGGCACGAGCCUACCUGCUGCUCCUCCUGACCGGAGUGCUGCUUCUGUUCGGUGCUGUGCUCUCAUUGGCUGGAAUUUGUGUCUACAUGGCUUACUCUGCGGCUGCCUUCAAAGAGGCUGUGGACAUCUCUGGCCACAAAACCCUGGAGGACAUCAAGAUUUACUUUGGCUGGUCUCUGAUUUUAGCCUCUGUUUCUUUUGUUGGAGAACUCUGUACCGCUGUGGCGUUCCUGCUUACCUCAGCCAGAGUGAGCCAGCUGACCAAUCAGGAAGAACACGAAUACUGACAUGCUCUCAAUCAGGACUGUUCUAAGGACAGGAGAGGAUGAAAUAAAAGUGACAUACAAAUACUGAAAAUUAAAUCAAUGUUUACAUAUUUAUAUUUUAAAAGGGUAAUGAACAUUUCAGUACAUUUAAGUGUUCAAUUUUAGUAAGGUCAAGGGUCAGUCUUUGAGGUUAUUAGAGGUUAACUGCAGGGGGGUUGUAAUAUAUUAUUGUAAUAAUACUAGGUAACACUUUAGUAAUAAAGGUGCUUCACGAUGCCCUAAAAGAACCUCUUGGUCUAAACAGUUCCAUAAAGAACCUUUAACAUCUGAAGAACCUUUCUGUUUCACAAAAGGUUCUUUGUGGUGAAAGAAGGUUCUUCAGAUUAUAAAAAGUUUAGAAAGAGAUGGUUAUUUAAAGAAACUUUGACUGAAUAGUUCUUUGUGGAACCAAAAAUGGUUCGUAUAUGGCAUCGCUGUGAAGAACCCUUUGAAGCACCUUUAUUUUUAAGAGUAUAGGGACCAAUUCUUACUAUUAACUAGUUGCUUAUUAGCAAUUACAUAUUGGCAGAUUAUUAGUGCUUAUAAAGCACAUAUUCUGCAUGACCACAUCCUAGAUCCUACCUAACACCUGAACUUAAAAACUUAGGAGUUUAUUAAGGCAAAAGUCGUAGUUUUGUUACUAGCGAGAAUUGAACCUUAAAAUAAAGUGUGACCUAAUAAGAAUAAUAAAUACAUGUGAAAAAUGUAAGACCCUGAUGUAUAGAAACAACUUUUGUCAACUAUUGCAUUUUUCCGUAUACUUGCGUAAUGUCUUUUAAUUAUGCUAAUUAUGUUCAUUUUGCCUGUUUAGGAAUUUAUUUUUUUUCAAAUCACAAUAAAACAUCCGUUUUG